CGCACACAGGUAAUACCGAAGUGGUCGGAAGAACUUGUGAAGACGGAAAGUCUCUCUGUUUAUUCAUGGGAUAAAGCUAUGUGAAAACGCGCUGUCAUUUCAUUUCAGCUGGAUAGUUUAAUACAAGGAGAUGUACUUCGUUUUUAAAAUGGCUAGAUUUAACCCAAUUCAGUGUCUAGCUUGUGUAUUCCUAUGGUCGUUGCAUGUUUUGGGAGACAGCUCUACGGAAGAUCACCGUUGUCACAAAGUUCAACGUGAAUUUAUACACAAAAGGAUAGGUUCCUCAACUUUAGUACCAAAUAAUCCCAUUCAUGAUCCCUCCGUUUCAAUAUGUUUUAAUGGUGCAAGAGACAGAGGCAGGAAGUCAUGUUGUACCAGCCAGAGUGAACAAAAAUAUGUGAUUGCUUCUGAAAAAUAUUUAAAAACAAGCAUUCGGACAAAAAAUGCAUACUUGAAAAAGUUAUUGUUGGACCAUAUCUCGCAGUAUGAAGAGCGAAUAGCAAAUUUAGUGCAGAUGUCGGAAAACAGUACAGUGCGUAUUUUGACAGACAUCUACAAUAUUCCACGCGUGGAGCAUCAAGGAAUUGUACGGGAGUUCUACGAUGAAAUCCGACAGUACUUGAAGCACAAAAAACACAUGACCUUGUACAGUGGAGUUGCCACAUUUUUCGACAAAAUAUUCCCAGCAGUUUACAAAAACACACUGAAUGAUGGAACAGUGACGGUACUAUCACAGGAACACCACAAUUGCCUUAGACACAAACGUCAGGAAAUUUCUCCAUCACCCUUCGGCAUUCUGCCGUCCACGAUUUCUUACAAGUUAAGCAAGGCUCUCAAUGUUGCUAAAUCUUAUGUGGAAGUUCUUUCGCUUAUCGUCGAGGCAAUCAAUACAACUGAUCAUUUGACCAUCAAUGGAAAAUGCAAAGAUCAGAUGACCCAACUUCAGUACUGUUCUCACUGUGAAAGAUACGUGGAGGCAAAACCGUGUCGCGGGUUUUGUCUCAAUGUCAUGCGAGGUUGUUUAGCACAGUUGUCUACCCUUACCCCAGAGUGGGAGGGGCUUAUCAGACGAGGCGUUCGAUUGGAGGGUGGCAUGAGUCAGACAAAUGACAUCGAAAAAAUUUUGAAUAGCGUCGAUCGCAACAUAGAUGCUGCCGUCAUGCAUGCGUUGGAAAGUGAGGACCUUUACGACAGAAAUAUGAAGGCUCUUUGUGAUUUCCCUGUCACUGUGACAACUAAAGCAGUGAACACUACGUCCUCACACCAUUCUCACAAGGAACGGGGACACCAUCAUCAAGCUCCGCUCAACAGACGUUCCAUUGGUGGCGACCUCUAUGACCAAGUACUAGAGGUCAUGAAGGAGCUGUUGACUUCACUGCGGAUGUUCGACACCAUGUCAGAUGUAAUCUGUGACCAGGAGUUGUACUACAACCAGAACAUGGAGAGCGACCAGUGCUGGAACGGAACCACUAUCGGCAGGUACACCCCAAUGGUAGAAGGACUGUCUGCGUAUGUUCGAGCUGUGAAUAUCGACAUGGACCCUAAAAUUACCACACUGAAGGAAAAACUAUCCCAGAUGAAAAUCAACCUGUUGGCCCGGUACAGUGAACAGGAGGAAAUGAUGUUUUCGGAUUCUGAGAACCCCAACUCAAUGGUAGAGUACGGCAGUGGUGACUCGAUACCAAGGGGACACCACACCUUCACAGACGAUGAAGACUUAGAUGGCUCUGGUAGUGGCUUUUAUUCAGUCGGAGGAAACGAGGGCAGUGGGGACCGCAAUCCAGACAAACCACACGAACCAGUCAUAACACGACAUCCACCAAGCACAGAUGAUGGUAACACUGGUGUGAAGCCUCCAGGUGGUGACAACACAGGGGCAGCCUCACAAAUCACCGUCUCCAUGGCAGCCAUGUUCAUCGGUGUAGUGGUAGCCAUUUUCGUAUGAAGACAAAACAUAUAAGUUAAUUGUACUUGUUAUCAUCAAAUGUUGGAGACAUAAGAUUAUUGAAAAAGAAUUCUGAAUUCCUACCGAUCAGCUGUUUCCAUAUUAAAUUCUUUAUUGGAACUCUAGUAGUCAAAGGGGAGUAACUCUAUCAUUAAUAUUGACAAACCAAGUUUUUGCAAAACUGAAUCAUUUGUUUCUGCUUCUUCCAAGGACAGCUUGAAACAGUCAAUUUAGAGAGUGCUUUCUUUUCUUUUGAUAUUCUGACACAGUUUCAUGGCAAAACAAGUCAUUUUUCUGUAGAAACAGAAACAUUUUGAAAAUUGUAAUUAUCAUUUAUAACAUAUCUCAGAUUUCCCUCAGCAUUUUAAGAAAGAAGAUCUUACCAUUUCCUUGUAUAGUACCUAUACAAAUACAAAUCAAAUGUUGAUUAAAGUGCUAUUUAUUGUGUUUUUAAAUUCAUUCAUUUGUCCUGAGUGUUUAGUAUUACAAAAAAGAAGAUAUAUUACAAAAAAAACACAAAAAACAAACAUAAUUCAUGUGUUAUUUAACUAUUUGUUGUCCCUUGGAUGAGAGAUCGAUGUGAUAGGUAAUGUAAGAUAUUAUUAAGAUCAAUUAAAUGUGUUACUUUGGCUCAUUUGGUACUUUUUAUGUUUUCAAUCAUAACAUUUUCAAUUCAAAUAUGCAUAUAAAGUUUAAUUCUAAAUGAUCAUCUUGAUAAAUUUUAGCUGAAUUUUCUGUUUUUUCAAAGAUUUUAAGAGGUUUUGUUUCCAGUUUCAAGAAAAUGAUGAGUAUUAUAAUUAUAGUUUUUGGGUGAAUUACUGAUUUAUAUGAGACUAAAUAUUGCCAUGUUUACAGUAUACAGAUAAUAAGCUGUUGUGUUGAUAUGUAAAUAAUGCCUAGGUUGAUCUGAAGAAAGAUGUGAUCAUAGUUAUAUAUACUGUCCACUGUAUAUCAUAAAAUAUAGUUUUACACUGUGUUAAGAGUUAUCUCCCUUACAAGUGGAACUCUUUGAAAAGGAGAUAAACUCACAAUAAGGUUACAUAUAGCCCUAACUAUGUUUACACGAUGUACUGUUUUCCCUGUUGUUUUCCAGUUUCAGGGCUCGGUCUGAAUUACGAUUUAUAUUUUUUUUAAGCAGUAUGUAAUUGAAGAAAAGUUGAUUUAGUUAUGAAGAAACAUGUAUUGUGACAUUUUGAAUUGUUAUAUACUAAAAAGUGUGUAUUAUAAAUGCAUAACUUACAUUUAAGUGAUAAAGGACAAACUGUGAGCUGGGAAAUCAAAUUUUGAAUCGGGAAAUUUUUGUUUGUUUACCUGUCAUCUAAAAUCUUUGAAACAAAAAGUCACACAUGCCCUCUAAAUUCUUCACCACUUCAGUGGAACUGACUAUUGUUAUGAUAUUGAAGUUUUAAUCUUAGAGAUAUAAUCAUUGUAUCAUUACUAAAGGGCACACGAAACAGGUGGCUCCCAGUUCACAGUCACUGAGCCACUGAGAGUGAGGUUGUCUUGGCGUUACUUUCAGACCUAUUUAGACGAGAGUAAGGUUGUUGUCUUGGUGUCUGUAACAUGUUGCAGUGAUUUACCAUUGAAUGGUGAGAUUUUGUUUUAUUUGAGAGCUCUAAGCUCAGGAUUAUUUUGUUUUAUCAUAAACAACUCCAUAUAAGUCGAACUAUUGUACUUGCAGUGCCAUAAUAAGCUAUCAUGAAUUAAGAACGUUUGUGAUUAAAGAAAUUCAUCUUUCCAUUGAGCUCAUAUCGGAAAAUUUCAACAAUUUGCAAUUAUCUUCAAAACUGAUAUUUUUCUUGUAUUUUAUCAUUGUUUCUUUAACAAUAUAAUUAUUCCUGCGAUAUGAUACGGAAACAUCAUUGUUAUAAAUGCCUGUACUUGAUAUCCUUAUAUGGACGUUGUUUUAGGUAUGGUUGAUGAUGUUGAAAGCAACACUAAGAUGAUCUGUGAUCCAAUUAUAUGUAAUUAGUGAUUAUAAUUAGAAUUAUGUAAUUAACAAAAUUUAUUGUAGUUUGAUGUUCGACCUGUCAUGUACGUAGAUGAUGGAUAGUUUUAUGACCGAUCUACACUGUUUUUAGACAGAGUUUGAAAUCACAUCUGUCAUGUAUGUAGCUGACGAGAGUUUUAAGCCAGAUCUACGUUAGACAGAGAGAGUUUGAAAUCAUAUCUGUUGUGUACGUAGCUGACGAGAGUUUUAAGCCUGAUCUACGUUAGACAGAGAGAGUUUGAUAUCACAUCUGUCGUGUACGUAGCUGACGAGAGUUUUAAGCCUGAUCUACACAAUAUGUAGACAGAGAGUUUGCUAUCAGAUCUGUCAUAAACGUAGAUGAUGGAGAAUUUGAUGUCAAAUCUACUGUACAUACAAAUAUUUGGCAACCUGUGCAUUUCCACUUUACUCAGUUUUGGACACCCCACAAUGUUCAGUACUUUUUGCAUUUGCCAUCUUUUAUAUAAACACAACCUAUUUUGAUGAUAUCUACUCGAUUUGUCCUGCAAUAAUCUAAUGUUUGGUAAUAAGCCCACUUCUAGCUAUUGCAAUUUUGGACAUGAAUGAGUUGCUUUCAAUGUCCAUCGAUUUUGAUAAGUAUUCGAACAUGGAAAUCCAUGUACAAGAAUUGAUUGCAUUUAUCAUUUUAUAAUUUCAAGAAUCUUUGAUUAAAUAGAUGCGAAAAAUUUAAACCAUCAAAAUAUUGUUUUGAAUUUCCAUGCUUUUUUUUUUCUUCUUAAAGCACUUUAGUCGUGAUAAUGAAAGUGUUUGUUACUAAUUUUCUGAUAUUUAAGCUGUGUCCAAAACUCUGUAAAUAUUUUUGUUUUCUCAUUGUUAUUGUUAUUGUGUCAUGAUACACACAUUGGUAGAUUACUUGUAUAUGAUAUUAAAAAAAAGGGUUGACCUCAAAACUGAACCUUUUGACCUCAGAAUGAAUAUAUUGACCUUCCUUGGAGUCCAGAGGACAGAAAAUAUGGCAAAUAUGAAGAGGUUUUAAGGUCACAUGAGGUCAAAGGUGAUUGUUGUAAUUCUGACUUGUCAUGCUACACAGUUUUACUCAAGCUUUAGGGUCGACACUAGGGGGCAGGGUGUUGUUAAGGUUUGGGAGUGGGGAGUCGAGGGUGGGGCAUUGUGAAGGGUGGGUCCAUCUGGUUGUGGGAUAUUUAUAAACAUGUUGAAUAUGUCAAUUUGGUGAGGGGAGGGAUUAGAAUGAAAAGGGGUAGGGAAAAAAGAAAGAUGGGGUGGGGCCUGUAUCAUGUAUACACAUAUGUAUAUAUCUUUUGUAAAUAAAUAUAAAUAUAUAUAAAAGUAUAAGUGCAAAAAAGUCAAUUUCUACUAUAUUUUUGGUAGAUUAUGUGUUGCCAUGGUUACCAUUCAUGUUGUUUCAGUUAACACUGUGGUUCCAUCAGAGAAGUAUAUCCUGGGUAUUUGAAAUAUAUUUACAUGUACAUUGGUUACAAGAGUGUACUAAUUGUGUAUUUUAGUUUUUUUAAGAUAACAUACCAAUGUCAUUUCAGGCAAAAAUUGAGAAACUUUAUGAAGAUGUAGUAAAAAUUGACUUGGAACAUGAGUGAGUGUAUGUGAGUGUGUCUGUUUAUGAUGUGAUAUACAAAAAAAAUCUUGUAUUUGUUAACGAAGUUCUAAAUUUUAGCAUAAUCAGUUGAUGGCACAUUUGUAAAAGUCCAUCCGUUAAUGUACCCUUUGUGUAAUUCUGAUUUGAUUAUGUACAAUUCUCCAUCUUUUCUCAUUGUGCAUUCUAACAGAUAUUCUUUUACACAUAUUUUUCAAAAACUUUUCCGACAUAAUGAAUUUUACUUUUGAAAAACUUAUUAAUUUUACCAUUGCAAAAUACAAGUUAUUACGAUUUUGGUUAUACACGAUACACACUAAACUUGAGAGAAAUUAUUCAGACAUUCAUGAAAUAUGAUUUGCUGCAACCAAAGACCCGAUUUUAAAUAUAAUUGAUAAAUUUUUAAUUGUUAAAAAACACUCCUUUUAGUGAAAUUCUUGAUCUAAUAAUUUUAAGUCAUUCAUUUUAUGAAUAUUUAUGAGAUCUGCCUCUCUAAGCCACACCUACUUCAGACAGUGUGUAUUAAUUGCUGUAUAAUUGUCUGGCCCAUCAUUUGAAUAAUCAUUUCUAUUACUCUGGCCUAUCAGGUUAUUGUUCAGCAAAGUACUUAAAGUUUUAAACAGAAAUUUUAUGUACACAAAUUUAUUUUCAACAAGAAUAAUUAUAUGAAAUACAAGGUUGAUUAAAAUGGUAUCAUUUCAGUAACAGGUUUUCAGAUAGGUAAAAAAAAUUGUUUUGAAGCUUGUGCGAUUAUUUUGUUUAUCAGGGGAGUUAACUCACAGGUCCAUGUGAUAUUGUAAUUUGCCAGUAUUUUCAUUUUACAGUAGUCUUUCUCACAUUAUUGAAUCUUAAUUAAGAAGAUUGAAAAAAAAAGUAAAAAAUAGCAUGUUUUAUUCCUGUGACAUAUGUAGAAAAUUUCAAUAUUCUGGUUGUUUGAUUCCUGUAUUGUAUGUUAAAAUAGUCAGUUUACAGCAACAACCUGCUAUAUUCAAACCCAUUGGCUUUCUGUGGUCUCUGUUUUUGCUGGCUUGCUUUCAACUUUCCCGACAUUGUAUACAUAUCUUAUGUACUGCUGUCUUGUGUCUGUUGCAAAUCAUUCUGACAAUAAAUUUCAGUACUUUUUAUAUUC